CCCGGGACAGAGCGGUGGCAUCCGGGCGCAGUCGGAGCCUGGGGCCCUGCAGCGGAGGAGCCCCGCACCGCACCGCGCUGGGACGACCCCCCUUUCCUGUCUUCCGCAGGCCUGCGGAGCUGCCUGUCCCGCUCGGUGCUGGGCGUCCUGGGCGUGGUGGCCUCGGCCCCCAGCUCCACCGCUGUCUGCCAUCGCGGCUUCUCCGUUGAGGCCAAGAAGACAUACGUGCGGGACAGACCUCACGUCAAUAUAGGUACCAUCGGACACGUCGACCACGGGAAGACCACGCUCACGGCUGCCAUCACCAAGAUCCUGUCGGAGACCGGCAGCGCCAAGUUCCGGAAGUACGAGGAGAUCGACAACGCGCCGGAGGAGAAGGCACGUGGUAUCACUAUCAGCGCUUCGCAUGUGGAGUAUGCCACCGCCAACCGGCACUACAGCCACACUGAUUGCCCUGGCCACGCCGAUUACAUCAAGAACAUGAUCACGGGCACGGCGCCCCUCGAUGGUUGCAUCCUGGUGGUGGCAGCGACGGAAGGGCAGAUGCCGCAGACACGGGAGCACCUGCUGCUGGCCAAGCAGAUCGGGGUGGAGCAUGUGGUGGUGUACGUCAACAAAGCAGACAUGGCGUCCGACAAUGAGAUGCUGGACUUGGUGGAGCUGGAGAUCCGUGAGCUGCUUUCUGAGUUCGGCUAUGACGGCGACAAUACGCCUGUCAUAUUUGGCUCUGCCCUCUGCGCCCUCGAGAACCGGGAGCCCAAGAUGGGCCUGGAGUCAGUGCUGAAGCUGCUGGAGGCCGUGGACACCUACAUCCCGCUGCCACCACGGGAGCUGGACAAGCCCUUCUUGCUGCCCAUUGAUUCCACCUGCUCCAUCCCAGGCCGGGGCACAGUGGUGACAGGGACGCUGGAGCGUGGCAUUAUCAAGAAGGGGGACGAGUGUGAGUUUGUGGGGCACAACAAGAAACUGCGCUCCGUUGUCACAGGGAUCGAGAUGUUCCACCAGAGCUUGGACCGGGCGGAGGCCGGCGACAACAUGGGUGCGCUGGUGCGGGGGUUGCGGCGCGAGGAUGUGCGCCGGGGCAUGGUCAUGUGCAAACCGGGCUCCAUCCAGCCCCACCAGAAAAUCGAGGCGCAGGUCUAUGUGCUUAGUAAGGAGGAAGGGGGGCGAAGCAAGCCCUUCGUCUCCGGCUACAAGCCCAUCUUGUUCUCACUCACCUGGGACAUGGUUGGCCGCAUCUCUCUGCCCCCUGGGAAGGAGCUGGUGAUGCCUGGGGAGGACACGAGUCUGACAGUGACACUGCGGCAGCCCGUGGUGCUUGAGACGGGGCAGCGCUUUACCCUGCGUGAUGGGAGCCGCACUAUUGGCACUGGCGUUGUCACUCGCACCCUGGAGAUCACCGCGGAGGAGCGAGAAGCUGCUGCUGAGUGAGAGCCUGGACACUUGGGGGGGGGGGGGGGUUGCAUUGUGA